CAUUUUUCCACCACCAUGGACCCCACUGCCAUCAAGGAGGAGUUGCGCCUGUUUCAGAGCACUCUGCUCCAGGAUGGUCUUAAAGAGCUGCUGAAUGAGAACAAGUUUGUCGAUUGCACCUUGAAGGUUGCCGACCGCAGCCUCCCCUGCCAUCGACUGAUCUUGGCCGCCUGUAGCCCUUACUUCAGAGAGAUUUUCUUCACAGAAGAUGGGAAGGAGGCGGAAAACACUAAAGAGGUGGUCCUGGAGGAUGUCAACCCCUCAACCCUGGACAUGAUCAUAAAGUACCUCUACUCUGCCGAGAUUGAUCUCACAGAUGACAACAUUCAGGAUAUCAUUGCUGUUGCCAACAAAUUUCAGAUCCCAUCGGUUUUCACUGUUUGCAUCAACUACUUACAGAACAAGAUCUCUUUGGGCAACUGCAUGGCUAUCUUCAGGAUGGGCCUCGUGCUCAGCUGUCCCCGGCUUGCCGUCGCCGCUCGCAACUUUAUCGCCGAUCACUUUGAGCUGUUACAUAAAGACGAGGAGUUCCUCAGACUGGCAGCCCACGAAUUGUUUGCCAUCAUUGGUGGGGAUUCUCUGAAUGUGGAGAAGGAGGAGCUGGUGUUUGAAUCAGUCAUGGCCUGGGUUCGCCAUGAUAAGGAUAAGCGUAACAAGGUCCUGAAAGAUGCUUUUAACUGCAUUCGCUUCCGCCUGCUGCCUGAGAAGUACUUCAAAGAUAAAGUGGAAACUGAUGAGAUAAUCAAGGCGGACCCAGAGCUCCAGAAGACAAUUCAAGUUAUCAGAGAAGCUUUCAAGGGGAAACUGCCAGAGAAGCCCAAGAAAGAGGAAGGAAGUGAGAAGGAGGCUAGCCCAUUCCCUGGCUAUUUGAAUGACAAUCGUAGGCAUGGUAUGUACACACGGGACUUCAUCGUGAUGGUGAACGACUCAGCGGCAGUGGCGUACGACGUGAACGAGAAUGAGUGCUUUCUGGCAGCCUUGUCCGAGCAGGUGCCGCGCAAUCAUGUCAGCAUCACAACACAAAAGAACCAGCUCUUCAUAAUUGGGGGUCUAUUUGUGGAUGAAGAAAAUAAGGAUGUGCCUCUGCAGUGUUAUUUCUACCAGUUGGAUCCACUUGCUUCUGACUGGGUUGCCCUACCGCCCAUGCCCUCUCCAAGAUGUCUUUUCAGCAUUGGCGAGAGUGACAACUUGCUGUUUGCUGUGGCUGGAAAAGACCUGCAGACCAAUGAGUCACUGGAUUCUGUCAUGUGCUACGAUGUCGAGAAGAUGAGGUGGAGUGAGACUAAGAAACUUCCCCUCAAGAUCCAUGGACAUGCUGUUGUUUCCCACAAAGGGCUGGUAUAUUGCAUAGGUGGCAAGACAGAUGACAACAAAGCACUCAGCAAAAUGUUUGUGUACAACCACAAGCAGUCGGAAUGGAGGGAGUUGGCGGCCAUGAAGACGCCCAGAGCAAUGUUUGGGAGUGUCAUUCACAAUGGCAAGAUCGUCGUGGCGGGUGGGGUGAAUGAGGGAGGCCUCACUGCCUCCUGUGAAAGCUACAACUUUGUAACAAACAAAUGGGAGCCCUUUACUGAAUUCCCCCAGGAGAGGAGCUCUGUCAACUUAGUGAGUACAGGUAGCGCCCUGUAUGCUGUGGGUGGUUUCGCCAUGAUUGAGAUGGAGAACAAGGAGGUGGCUCCCACAGAGGUCACCGACGUCUGGCAGUAUGACAGCGACAAGAAGCAGUGGAGCGGCAUGCUGAGGGAGAUGCGAUACGCUACUGGUGCUUCCUGCAUGUCAAUGCGCCUCAAUGCAGCCAGAAUGCCCAAACUGUAGACAGAGGUGCAGACUUCCGAUUUUCAGCAUCCUCCAGCCAAAUAUCUCCGAUUUGUCUUAUUCUCGAUGCUCAUCUAUGAGUGCCUAGUUGACCUUAGAUACUAAAUGUAUUCUGCGGAUUUCAAUUCGUACCAUGAGGACACAGCAUCCUCAUCAAAGACUCAUCAUCAUCUCCACAGUUUCAAGGAAAUAACUAGAUCUAAAGCUCUUGUUACCGCGUUUUGUAAAAUAAACAUUUUUACAGUUUGGGGUUGUGGUGGCCUUCAGAGGACAUAAUUAUGCUUUCAUGCCACGAAGAGGGAAAAAAACGGGUGGCAUUUUGUACUGAAGUCUAAGAUGUUGUAAGCUUCACCUUAUGAGUUAUAGUUCAUUGCCAUGCACAAGUGAAAUGACAUUUACAGACA